UUGGCGCGUGGGGCCCCGGUGAUUGGGGCGGCCGAUAUAGACACUCCGUGCAAGAAAGUAGGGGGUAACAGACAAGAAGUAAGAGAGUGACGAGCGACCACACGAGCGACGACGACGAUCUAAGACGAAGACGAAGACGACCGAAUCUGAGAAAAGUUUCUCUCAAGCUUUCCCGUUUUAUUCUCGCGCGAGAAUUCGCGAACCGAGCCGAGUGUGUGCGUCUCGUUGUCGGCCUCGGGGGGGUUGGAAGUGAUCCAGUAAUAAGAGCGACUACUCGCCGUCGUCGCAGGUGUCCGAGGAAACGCUCGGCCAGGUGCCGGGACUCGCACUUUCGGAAAGGGAAAGCGCUCAUCCUCUCCCGGAUACACGGAAACGUGAACCCGCUUCAAAAUCCUGCGAGUAACAGGCGACAGUGGAGGAAGUCGCAGCAGGAAAAAGUAGGUUGGAUGGUGCCGCAGGCCGGCGCCGUUUGAACCGACGAGCCAGGCGAAGGGACCGGGUUCCUUCCUUGAGUCGCGGGUGUGAUCACGCAAACGAGACCGGGUCUUUCGUCGACAGGUGCGAAGGCGUGCCUCCACCAUGGGGGUCGCCGACGACUUCGCGCCCAGCUUCACGCAGAAGCCGCAGCUACGGCAGGAGGACGACGGCAACCGGCUGAUAUUCGAGUGUCAGCUGGUGAGCUCGCCUAAACCCGAAAUCUCCUGGUUCCGCGGCGAGACCGAGCUCAGCCAGGAUGACAGGACCAACUUUAAGAUGCAGAGCGUCGGGACCAACAAGUUCCUGGUGGUGCUCGAGCUCGAUGACGUCAUCGAGACCGACGCCGGCCUUUACAAGGUCAAGGCGAAGAACAAGAUGGGCGAGGUCGCCGCCUCUAUCAACCUCAACUUCAGCCCUAUGGAUGAGCCUAGAGAGAAACAAAUUGACGGCAUCGCGCCGACUUUCGCGAAGAAGCCCGCGAUUAGACAAGAGGACGACGGCAAACGGCUGCUGUUCGAGUGUCGCAUUACAGCCGAUCCCACGCCGAAAAUUACAUGGUUUCAUAGCGGGAAUAUGGUCAAAGAUUCACCAAGGCACAAGCUGACCGUCGACAAAGAUGGCCACUCGUACUUCGCCACCCUAGAAAUAAAAAACGUGACCGUUGAGGAUGCUGGCAAAUAUAAGGUCACGGCGAAGAACGAGCUUGGCGAGUCUAACGCCACAAUUUCCCUGAAUUUCGACAGCGACGAGGCACCCGUACCGGACGACGGGAUUAAACCGACCUUCACCGAACGACCGGUGAUUAGACAAUCAGACGACGGUAACACCAUCACCUUCGAAUGCCGACUUGUCGGCGAUCCGAAACCAAAUGUCAAGUGGUAUCACGGUACCGAGGAAGUGAAAGACGGCGGACGAUUCAACACGUCUCUGGAACUCGAUCAGAAGCUGUAUCAUCUUGCAAGGUUGAGGAUCGACAGCGUGGCGAAGGCAGAUGCGGGCGAGUACAGGGCCGUGGCGAAGAACAAGCACGGUCAGGGGGUGGCGACUAUUAAUCUAAACUUCGAGGGUGGCGACAAACUCAAAAUACCGGAUGGUAAGCCGCCACGCUUUCCGAAGAAACCGACGAUCCGCCAGGAAGGCGACCUGCUCAUCAUGGAGUGCAUUCUGGAGGCACAUCCGGUACCGGACAUAACGUGGUACCAAGGUCAGAAAACAAUCUCCGACAGCAAUCGCGUAAAGAUGUUACGCAAGGCCACCGGCAAGGACACGUAUCUGCUGACCCUCGAGAUCUCGAAUCCGACCAAGGCCGACGGCGGAAAUUAUCGUUGCAACGCCUUUAACAACUUUGGCGAGAGUAACGCCAACAUCUCCCUUAAUUUCCAAGAGGAGGGCGCGGGUUCCGCUCCGUCCUUCAUCGAGAAACCUCGCAUCAUCCCGAACGAGAACGGCACGCUGAUUACUAUGAAAUGCAAAUGCAAGGCGAACCCCAAGCCGGAAGUCACGUGGUUCCGCGGCACCAACGUGGUCAAGGAAUCGUCGAAGAUCUCGAUCAAGACCAAUACGAUCGAAGAAGAUAUUUACGAGCUUAUCAUGGAGAUCAAGGACCCAUCGGGACCAGAUGGUGGCACAUACAGGUGUCAUGUGAAGAAUGAAUACGGUGAAAGCAACGCCAAUCUAAAUCUGAAUAUUGAGGCGGAACCGGAGCCAGAAGGAGACGGGCCGACAUUCGUGGAGAAGCCACGGAUACAAUCGCAGAACAAGGGCAAGCUGGUCAUCAUGGACUGCAAGGUCAAGGCGAAGCCAAAACCGCAGAUCGUGUGGACUCUCGCCGGCAGCGUGGUAAAGGAAUCCUCGAAGAUCUCUAUCAGCAUCGUCCAAGAAAAGGAGGACAUUUUCUACAUCAAACUGACUCUUAAUGAUCCCGGACCAGAAGACUCCGGUCUUUACAAGUGCAACAUUAAAAACGAACUCGGUGAACUCAACGCCAAUCUUACGUUGAACGUCGAAAUUAUACCUGUAAUUAAGGAGAAGCCGAAGGUGAUAAAGAUCGUUAAGAAGAAGACUGUAGUGGUUGAAUGCCACGUUCUUUCGAAAUUCUCGCCCGAAUGUACGUGGUUCAAAGAGAAUCUGGCCGUUAAAGAGGAUAGUAGGCACAAAUUGCACGUCGAGCAAGUCAAAGAAGGUGAAUUUGCCGUAAAACUUGAAAUUGAACAAAUGUCAGCGACAGAUAAAGGCGUGUACAAGUUGGUAGCACGCAACGAAAAGGGCGAAGCUACGUCACAAGUAGUAGAAGUAACCGAAAUUCCAGACCAAGGAGAAAAACCGAAAAUUGUUACCGGCCUCAACUCAAUUACUGUCGAGGAAGGCAAGACAGUUGAACUCGUCGCUACUCUCGCAACUCAAGAUCGAAAAAUCACCGUUACGUGGCAAAGAGAGUCGACGGUUAUCAAAGCGUCAAAGGACAUCAUGAUCUCCUUUAAUGGUUUGGAUAUGAAAUUGACGAUCACCUCGGCAUCGACCGAGUUCUCGGGAACGUAUAAAGUCAUCGUGAGCAACGAAUACGGCCAAGACGAGUCGUCGGCCCGACUCGUUGUCAAGAAGAAAGAGGAAAAGAAGAAAGACGAGGAGGAAGAAGAGAAGAAAAAGAAAAAAGUCGAGAAAAAAGAGGAAAAGAAAGAAGAAGAGAAGAAGGAAGAGAAAAAGGUGGAGAAGAAGAAGGUUGAAGAAAAGAAGGAGGAGAAGAAAGAGGAGAAGGUAAUAAGAUCAAUAUGGAGCGACAACGAGGGUGAAGGAUCAGAGGAAUAUGAAGAAAUAGAGGAAGAGGAGGAAGUGGUGAGUGUAAUUGAAUCCAGCAUUAUCAGCACUGAAGUUAUUCUCGAGGAAUCGGACUCUGAAAUAAUCUCUCGCGUCGAGGAUAAGCCCGAUUUGAAACCAAAUGGUAUCGACAAACCAGGGAUUGGGAAGAAAAUGGAGAUCUUACAGAAAGACGAAGAAAUUGUGAACAAUGUCGAAGACAAGAAAUCUAUUAAGCAGAAAGCUGCCGCGAAAGUUGAAGAUAAAAAAGAAGAGGAAAAAAAAAAGAUCAUAAAAAAGAAAGAACCCGAAUCCAAGGAGGCAUCUCGAGAAACCACGCCUAAACUCGAGAAGACUGUGGCAACUCGUAAAGAAAGCAGGGUGGAAGAACUUAAGACAGAGAGUCGUCGCAGCUCGAUUACUAAAACCGAGGAAAAGAUAACCGAUGAUGGUACAAUGACACCACGACGUCUUUCUAUACAGAAGGUUGAAGAGGAAGUCAAGGUAGAAAGCAGACGAUCCUCUGUCAUAGAGAAGAAGAAAGCGACUGUCGAAAAGGACGCUUCCGUAUUCAAACCAAAAGCUAUUUUGCAAGCGAUUGAUGACGAGAACACACUCACACCGACGACCAAGCCACACACACAUAAACCCAAGGAAGAGAUUCAGGACAUUUGGUUGUUUAAACCGGCAGAGCGCGAUAACAAAUUGGAAACCAUCAAGUCUAGAACUUCUAACAUACGUAAAACUGAUCGCAUACCCAAGGACGCACCUCAAGUUGAGAUUAAGCCAAGCGUGCGCGAUUCGUAUGAUGAACUUGAGGAUGCUUGGAACAUUCAUAAUCCGGGAGAACGCGAUAACGAAUCUGCGCCACAUUAUAAAGAUACAUCGCCAGAACCACACAAACCUUACACACCCGCAGGUAGAACACACCCACCUCAGAAAUCUGACGAAGUCAAACCGAAAGAUAAAACACGUGACACAGCCACAAAUAAAACACAGCCACAGAAAUCUGACGAAAAGAUUGAGGAUAUUUGGUCGACUAAACCGAAAUCUGAUGUCGAUUCCAAGAAACAUGACAAAGAUAUACCGAAAGAUAAAACAUCUUUACAUGACACACCAUUAGCUAAAAUACAACCACACAAAACUGAUGAAGUGCCAAAAGAGAAAACACUUUUGCGCGAUACACCUACUGCUAAAAUACACUCACAAAAAGUUGACGAAGUGCCGGAAACACAUCUACAUGAUACACCCGCACACAAAACACAUCCACGCAAAACCGAUGAAGUAAUUGAGGAUAAUCGGUUGACGAAACCAAAGGAGCGCGACAUUGAUUCUAAAAAAUAUGACAAAGAUUUGCCUAAAACUAAAGAUAAACUAUCUCAUCGUCAAUCUGAUGAGGAAAACGAGGAUAAAUGGUCUAAGCGGAAGGAAGAGACCAAAUUUCUCAAAAAAGACGAGGAUUUGUCCAAAACUAAAGAUAAACCAUCUCGUCGUCAAUCCGACGAAGAAAUCGAGGAUAUUUGGCCCAAGCAGAAAAAUCGUGAAAGUAGAUUACACAAAACUGAUGAGGAUAUACCGCAAACUAAGACUGCGCGACGCGUAUCGAAACCUAAUGAUCAAACUGAAGUAGAUAACACAUCUUUGGACAAACAAAAAGUGGGCGUAAUCAAACCCACGUAUGAUGAGGACAAGUUGAUGCCGAAAACAAAGGAACACGCUAAACCUGUCUCACACCAUGAGGAUGCAAACUCUACAAACACUCCACACAAAUCUCCACUCGAUCGAGAUGUUAAAACAUACUACACGCAUUAUAAUUACGAUGUAUGGGCACCCCCAAAAUCCACCGAGCGCGAACAGAAUUCCGUUACAGUCGAUAAGAAUGUUUCUUUACCUAUCACUAAACCGGAAACCUAUGGAUCUAACGACGACAUUGAGGAUAUUUGGGCUUCGAGAACUGAGGACGACGCGCCUAAACCUAUUAGAAAAUUGGAGGACUCACGGGUUUUCAAAUUUACACCGUACAAGAGUGGUGACGAAGUUGAGGAAACUACACCUAUACCUGCACUUAAACCUUUCCUGCCCAAACCUAGAAGCAGCAUAAGCAAACUCAAAGAACCUACGGAGGGCAAUAUAUCCGCACGCGAAAUAGACGAAAACAAACCCAAAGAGAUCAAGAGUAAAUACACUGACUCUACACUUGACAAGGAACAAGUACCUAAGAAAAAGCUGUCUACUAGACGUAGGUCGUCGACUAAGUCAACGGAAGGAUCCGAGGACCAAGAACCAGUAUUAAAACCAAAGAAGAAGAAACCUAAACCUGUGGAUGAACCUAAGAAAGAGGAACUGACCACGAAAUCGAAAACCCUCGGAAAGCCGGAAACACCCAAGGAGGAACCUAAAUCUAAACUGGAAGAGAAAAAGGUGGAACCAAAAGCCAAACUCAAAGCAGAGGAAGUAAAGGAAGCACCAAAGGUCAAACCUAAACCAGACGAACCGAAGGAGAAACCAAAAGCCAAACCUAAAGCUGAGGAAGUAAAGGAAACGCCAAAGGCUAAGCCUAAACCAGAUGAACCAAAGGAAGAACCGAAAACCAAACCUAAGACAGAGGAAGUAAAGCAAACAUCGACACUCAGGCCGAAAUUAGAAGAAAGCAAGGUCGAAGAAAAGCCUAAGGCUAAGCUUGAGGAAGUCAAGGAGACACCGAAGGCCAAACUUAAGCCAGACGAACCAAAGGAGGAACCGAAAGCUAAACCCAAAGCGGAAGGAGUGAAGAAAGAGGAACCUGCACCAAAACCCACGGCUAAACUAGAAGAACCCAAGAAAGAGGAAGAGGUCAGGAGAAAAAGUCUAAGGUCUGUCAAGCAACUCGAGGAGGAGAAGAAAACACUAGAGAAAGUCGAACUUAAGCCGAAGGAUGCCGCCCAGACCAAACCGAAAUUCCGCAUACCGCCGAAACAGGAAGUUAAAACCGAUACCUUUCAGGGGAUUCAGCUUAAACCGGUUGCAAAGGAUCCGAAACAGCUUCAGCAGGCUGAAAAUGGCAAAGUGGAUCUUAAGAAAACUGAGAAGGGAGAAAAGCUCGAAGUGAAGAAAAUGAAAGCAGCGAAAGGAGCAAAGGAGUCGACCUACGAGCUUCCAGAGAUUCCGGAUUACGAAAGAGCCGUCCUCGAGAAACCGAAGGAAUUCGAUUUUGGCGAAUAUGUGCCUCGUGACAAGACAAAGCUCGAAAGGCCGAUUACGCAGAAAUUUGACUCUAAGCCGAAGUUACCGGAGAUCAAGGCGCCCGAGGCACCUAAAAUCGAAGUUAUCAAGGACGUGACACCGGUCGGCAGCAGGAAAGGCUCCUUAGCUCCAGGAAGCGGUACCAGUAGUCGACGCGGUUCGCUCAUACCGCCCGAGGAAUUGGGUCGCAGACCUAGCCUGAUCAUCAGUGACGAGGAGCAUAGGAAACUUCGUCCCGGCGAGGUGGUGGACGAGCGCAAGACUAAGUCCGGUCGACCAGGCGCGCUGCAGGAAAAAGAGCGUCGUCGUCCGAGCACUGCGGACAUCAGAAGACCAAGCGUGGCGGACCUCGAGAAUAAAAUCAAUCAGCCUAGUACACCUCUGCGAGAUGUUGGACCACCUGGACCACCCCAGAUUGUCGAUGUGCAGGAGUCGUACUCCGCCGUCGAAGACUCGACGGCGUAUCUCACCGUCGCGGUGGAGGGCACGCCCGCGCCAACUUUCAAGUUCUACAAGGGCAUCACCGAGAUCAUCGAAGGUGGUCGUUUCAAGUUCCUCACGGACACAGAGACCAACACGAUCACCCUCUGCAUGAGGAAGACGAAGCCCAACGACGAGGGUACUUACAAGAUCGUCGUGAGCAACAUCCAUGGCGAGGAUUCCGCCGAGAUGCAGCUCUACGUUUCCGACGCCAGUGGUAUGGACUUCCGUGCUAUGUUGAAGAAGAGAAAGUACCAGAAAUGGGGACGAGAAGAGGCCGACCAAGAAAAGGUGGAUUUGAAGGAAGUCGAAAAGCCUAUGCCGGCGUUGAAAAAAGUGGAAAGGAAACAAGAUAGCUUCCUGAAGCCACUGGUGGACCAAUACGCCAAGGAAGGCAAAGAUAAGAAGGUCGUCUUUGAAGCGAACUUUUCGAAACCGAACUGCAAGCCGAAAUGGUUCUUCCGAAAGGACGAACUAUUUCCAUCGGCCAAAUAUAAGUUCAAAAACGAGGAAGAUUGUUAUCAGCUCAUCAUCACUGGACCCAAAGUCGAAGACACUGGAAAAUACACGAUCGAAAUUGCCGGUGUAUCCAGCACAGGCUUCCUCAACGUGGACGAGCCCGAUCCGACGUACACCUUCACGAAACCGUUGUCGAAGAAGACAAGUGGCUUCACCAAGCAUGAGGCCUACAUGGAGUGUACAGUCAGUUCCAACAUGGCACAAGUUACCUGGCACAAGGACAAAACAAAACUCGAGGAUGGAGAACAGUUCAGUAUUUCCAAGGAUAUGUCAGGCGUGUGCCGGUUGACGAUCAAGAGCGCAACUCUCGAAGACAGUGGCGAAUACAGUUGUAAGAUAAGCAAGCAAGCGGAUCAUACCGAAACUACUCUCACUAUUGUCGAAUAUCCUUACAAAUUUGUCAAAGUGCUGAAACACCAACAGCUCGUAGAAAAGGAAACACUGACAUUACUUUGCGAGCUGGACGAUGUUGGUGGUGAAGUGCAAUGGUUCAAGGGUGACCAGGCGAUUACGCCUGACAAGAGGAUACAAAUCAAGGAAGAGGGCAGGAAAUGCAAGCUUGUCAUUAAAGACUGCAAGGUAACCGACGCCGGGCUCUACUCCUGCGUAAGCAAUGCCGAUAAGACGGAAGCUGAAAUCGUAAUAAAUUACGCUAAUCGCUUUAACAAGAAGCUAAAGGACACAGUCGCAAUAGAAAGGGAGAAAUUAGUGCUGGACGUCGAGCUUCAGGAUCAAACUGCGCCGGCUAUAUUCUACUUCAACGACGAGAAAAUUGAGCCCAAUGAAAGAGUGGAGGUCAAGAAUCUGGGUGGUGGCAAGCACCAGCUGGUAUUCAACAAAGUGGAGAUGACAGAUGACGGUGAGGUCAUGUGCGAGAGCGGCCAAUUGACCAGUAGUUGCAAGCUCACUGUGAAAAGAGGCGAGAGUAAGCCUAUCGUCGACUUCCCCGAUAAAGUCGAAGGACCCUGCAGCGCACCGUUGGUCUUUGUCGUGCCUUUCAAAGUUGAGGGCACCAAGCAGAGUCAAGUGGAAGCGAAACUGAUGAAGGACGGUAAGGCGCUGCCUCUCAAAGACGUCGAGAUCAUCGUUGGUGAGGACAAGAUCACGUAUAAGAUCAAAAAGCCGCAGCGCGAGUCAUCUGGAAUCUAUCAGAUAAAGAUUGGUAACAAUCAGGGCGAAGAAGUGAAGGAUGUUAACAUUAUCAUGCAGGACGUUCCAUCCCCGCCGUACGACGUUGAGGUCAACGAGAUCUUCCAGAACUCCUGCGUCGUAUCGUUCAAACCAUCGAAGGACGACGGCGGUGCGCCUAUUACAAAGUACGUCAUCGAACGUCUCGAUCUCAGCCUGAAGUCGCAAUGGGACAGCGUGGGGGAGGUCACGUCAGACGAAAAGUGCGUCUACAAAGUCACAGAUCUCAUUGCGAAGAGGGAGUACAAGUUCCGCAUACGGGCUGUAAACAAGCUCGGUUCCAGCGAGCCGGCGAUGUUCGGCAAACCCGUCUUAGCCAAGGAUCCAUGGGAUGAGCCAGGCAAACCUACGAACGUCGACGUAACUGACUGGGACAAGGAUCACGCUGAUCUGACAUGGACGAAGCCCGAAAACGAUGGUGGUGCACCGAUUACUGGUUACGUUAUUGAAUACAAGGAGAAAUUCGGCAAGGAAUGGACGAAGGGCAAAGAGAUCGAAGGCGACGUGACUCAAGCGACCAUCGACGGUCUGAAAGAGGGUACGCAGUACGAGUUCAGAAUACGAGCAGUGAACAAAGCUGGUCCCGGUGAACCAUCUGACGCUACCAAGCCGAUCAUCGCAAAAUGUCGAUUCGUCAAGCCAUACAUUGUUGGCGAAGGUCUCACAAAUCUAGUUGUCAAGAAGGGCCAGGUUAUUAAAUACGACAUCAAGUAUGCCGGCGAGCCGGAACCGGAAGUCCGCUGGCUUCUGGGCCAGAAAGAAAUCAUCCAGGAUGCGGCCGAGAGAAUUACGAUCGACAAGUAUGAGAGAAAUACUGUAUUGACAGUUAGAAGAACCACCAGACCUGAUUCCGGAAAAUAUAAACUGGUGCUGACGAAUGGUUCCGGCACAUGCGAAAGCGUCGCCGAUGUUGUCGUUCUUGACAAACCAUCGGCUCCGUUAGGACCACUCAAUGUAGAGGAAGUCCGUGCUAAUCAUGUUAAAGUCAAAUGGGACAAACCUGAUGACAAUGGCGGUACCGACAUCACUGGUUAUGUGUUGGAAAAGAUGGAUCUGGAGACCGGACGAUGGAUCCCAGCUGGAGAAGUCGGUCCUAACGAAAAGACCUUCACGUUUUCUGGUCUGACGCCUAAGAAGAAGUACAAGUUCCGUGUCAAGGCGGUCAAUAAAGAAGGCGAAUCUGAACCUUUGGAGGUUGAAGAAGCCAUUCUUGCCAAAAAUCCUUAUGAUGAGCCUGGCAAGCCUGGCAAACCGGACAUCUUUGAUUAUGAUAAUGUCAGCGUAUCCCUGAAGUGGGAGAAACCAAAGAGCGAUGGUGGCAGAGCAAUCACUCACUAUACCAUCGAGAUGAAGGACAAAUUCGCCGUCGACUGGGUCGAAGUGACAAAGACCAACGAUGCGACUCCGGAGGUUAAAGUUGAAGGCCUCAAGGAGAAGAUGGUUUAUCAAUUCCGCGUACGUGCUCACAAUAAGGCUGGACCUGGCGAGCCCAGCGAUCCCACAGAUAACCAUCUUUGCAAACACAGAAAUAUGCGACCGAGAAUUGACCGGACCACUUUCAAAUCAAUUAUUAUCAAGGCUGGCCGUACUCACAAAUGGUCUGUAGAUGUAUCUGGUGAACCUGCGCCAGAAACCAAAUGGGUCUGGAGAGACAAUAUUCCAUUGACCACCACUGAGCGCAUCAAGAUCGACAAUGUGGAAUAUCACACCGAUUUCACGAUCGUCAACGCCAUGCGCAAGGAUACUGGAAAGUACACGCUGAUUGCUGAAAACGCAAACGGCAAAGAUGAAGAAACCGUCGAACUCACAGUACUUGGAAAACCGAGCGCUCCUAAAGGACCUCUGGAAGUCAGUGACGUUACCAAUACCACGGCUAAGGUGAAAUGGGAGAAACCGGAGGAUGACGGUGGUGUACCGAUCAAAGAAUAUGAAAUUGAGAAGAUGGACACAAAGACCGGCAAAUGGGUCAGGGUAGGCAAAGUGCCUGGAAACUCACCCAAUACCGAAUUUGAGGUCACCGGUUUGAAUCCCGGAAGCGAAUACAAAUUCCGCGUCACAGCUGUCAACGAUGAGGGCGAUUCGGAACCUCUAGAGAGCGAGCGCGGAGUUGUCGCCAAGAAUCCAUAUGACGAACCUUUGAAGCCCGGAACACCUGAGGUCACUGAUUACGACAACGAAUCCAUAAGCUUGAAAUGGGCACCGCCCGAAUUCGACGGAGGAGCGCCGAUUGAGAAAUACAUUAUCGAGAAGAAGGAUCGAUACAAGCCAGAUUGGGAGAAAGCCAUUGAGGUACCUGGAGAUCAACUUGAAGGCAAAGUACCUGAUCUAAAAGAAAGGGGCGAGUACCAAUUCCGAGUUAUCGCCGUAAACAAAGCCGGACCGUCGCCUCCGUCAGAUGCGUCGAAGAUGCAGAUUUGCAAGCACAAAGCCCUCAAACCGAGAAUCGACAGAACGAACUUGAAGCCGAUCAUCGUGAGAGCCGGUAAGCUUGUAAAAUAUGACGUAGACGUGCGCGGUGAACCACCACCGGAGAUUAAAUGGUAUCACGCUGGCAACGAAGUCAAAUCCGGCGAGAACAUUGAAAUCGUCAACGUCGAUUACAAUACGAAACUUACUAUAUCUGAUAGCUUGCGCAAAAACACCGGCGUAUGGAAGAUCAAAGCUGUCAAUCCUCACGGCGAGGACGAGGCGGAAGUCGAAGUUACAAUAUUAUCGGCUCCUGGAAAACCGAAAGGACCACUCAAAGUGGCGGAUGUCACGAAAAACGCUUGCAAACUCAAAUGGGACAAGCCAGAAGACGAUGGCGGCAAGCCUAUCACUGGUUACCAAGUAGAGAAAUUGGAUAAAUCGACUGGUAGAUGGAUACCAGUUGGUCGCACAGCGGACACUGAGAUGGACAUAAAGGGUCUUCAAGAAGGACACGAAUAUGAGUUCAGAGUGAAGGCUCUGAAUGAAGAAGGAGAAUCGGAACCCCUCGUAUCAGACGGCUCCACAAUUGCAAAGAAUCCUUACGACGUCUCCAGCAAGCCUGGUGUACCGGAAUUCGAAGAUUGGGACGUCGAUCGUGUCGAUCUCAAGUGGGAACCUCCCAAGAACAACGGUGGUGCGCCGAUCACCGGCUACAUCAUCGAGAAGAAAGAGAAACCUUCGUCACAAUGGGAAGAAGCUCUCGUCACCGACUCGCCACAGCCGAAAGGUCGUGUCACCGGUUUGAAAAAGGGUUCCACUUAUCAAUUCCGUGUUCGCGCUGUUAACAAAGCCGGACCAUCGGAGCCCAGUGACCCGACGAAGCCACAUAUUGCAAAAGCAAGAUUCCUGAAACCGCACAUCAAUCGCGACAAGCUGCAGACUAUUAAAGUCAGAGCAGGCCAACUGGUGAAGUUAGAAGUCGAUAUCGAGGGUGAACCUCCUCCAACCGUUACAUGGAGCUUCGCUGGAGCACCGCUUCAAACUGGUGCUAACGUUAAGAUCGAUAACGAAGACUACCUUACCAAGAUCCAGUUGACGAAUACCAGUCGCAAGUUAACUGGCAAAUACACCAUCAAGGCUGUGAACGAUUCCGGCCAGGAUGAGGCCGACGUGGAGAUUAACAUUCUCGAUAAACCUGGAAAGCCGGAAGGGCCAUUGGAAGUAACGGAUGUGCAUAAGGAAGGCUGCAAAUUGAAGUGGAAUAAGCCUAAGGAUGACGGUGGUCUUCCUUUAUCCAGCUAUCUAGUAGAAAAGAUGGAUGUGACAACAGGUCGUUGGGUACCAGCCGGCAUCGUAGACCCUGAAAAAACCGAACAUACGAUUACUGGUUUGGAGCCCGGCCAUAAGUACGAAUUUCGCGUGAAGGCUGUGAACGAGGAGGGAGAAUCGGAACCUUUGCAAUCCGAUGUUCCCAUUGUGGCCAAAAAUCCAUACGACGCUCCAGCGGCACCUGGACUUCCAGAGAUCAUUGAUUGGUCAGAGAAUAUGGUGAAACUUAAGUGGGAACCACCGAUAAGAGACGGCGGUGCGCCGAUCACUGGAUAUAUCAUUGAGAUGAAGGAUAAAUUUGGUACCAACUUUGUCAAAGCCGCCGAAGUGGAAGGUCCCAUAUGUACCGGAACAGUUCCUCGAUUGGAAGAAGGCAAUCAGUAUCAAUUCAGAGUACGCGCCGUCAACAAGGCUGGUCCUGGUGAACCUAGCGAGGCUACCAAUCCACACACUGCCAAAGCUCGUUGGCUAAAACCGUACAUCGAUCGCACAAAUUUGCAACCCAUAACGGUGAAAGUCGGCCUUACCGUAACUCUAGACGUGAACAUAAUUGGCGAACCACCGCCAAAAGUCACCUGGACCUUCAAAGACAAAGAACUCGUAUCAGAUGACACGAUACGAAUUGACAAUAUUGAUUAUAACACUAAAUUCUUUAUUCUGAAGACAAAACGCGUUCACACCGGCAAAUAUGUGAUCAAAGCGAAGAACGAAGUCGGCGAAGAUACUGCUGAGGUAGAAAUAACCGUUCUUGGCAAACCCAGCAAACCGAAGGGUCCAUUGGAAGUAAGUGACGUUAACAAACACGGCUGCAAACUUAAAUGGGAUAAACCUGAGGAUGAUGGCGGCUCACCGGUCGAAUAUUACGAAAUUGAGAAGCUGGAUCCUCUAACAGGGCAAUGGAUACCCUGCGGUCGCAGUACCGAGCCGGAAGCGACCAUCACCGGAUUACAAGAGGGCAAGCCUUAUAAAUUCCGUGUGAAAGCCGUCAACAGAGAAGGCGAAUCUGACGAUCUGGAGGCGGACAAAUCUAUUAUAGCAAAGAAUCCAUUUGACGAACCGGGCAAACCCGGCCGACCGGAGCUUAGAAACUGGGACAAAGACUUCGUCGAUCUGGAAUGGACACCACCCAAGGACGACGGCGGUGCGCCGAUUGAGAAAUACAUUGUACAGAUGCGAGAUAAAGAGGGUAGACAAUGGGUGGACGUCGCCAAAGUUCCGGGAGAUCGCACAGCCGCCAAAGUGACCGACGGUAUUCAGGAAGGUCACGAAUACGAGUUCAGGAUCGUGGCAGUUAAUAGAGCUGGACCUGGUGAGCCAAGCGACACUUCGAAGAGCGUCGUCGCCAAACCCCGAUUCCUGGCUCCUCAUAUCGAUCGCAAGAAUCUCCAGAAGAAAGUUAUGCGAAUCGGCCAAAUGUUGCGGCUCGAGGCCGAUAUCAAGGGCGAACCGCCGCCGGUUGUUACAUGGAAACGCCAGGAUGCAGUAUUGAAGAGCAUGGACCGGCUCAAGAUUGAGAACGAGGAUUACCAUACUAUGUUGGUUCUCAACAAACUCCAGCGCUCGGACGCCGGCACUUACACCGUCAUCGCCAAGAACGACAGCGGCACCGAUCAAGUCGACGUCGAGCUUCAGGUGUUGAGCAAACCCAGCAAACCGAAAGGACCACUCGAAGUGUCUGACGUGACGGCAGAAGGCUGCAAGUUGAAAUGGGACAAACCUGAGGAUGAUGGCGGUGAACCAGUUGACCAUUAUGUUAUCGAAAGGAUGGAUGUGGACACUGGACGUUGGGUACCGUGUGGCACAAGCAAGACUCCGGAAGCGGAUGUAUCUGGCUUAAAUGAGGGCAAAGAUUACCAAUUUCGUGUCAAAGCUGUUAACUCCGAAGGCGAGUCAGAGCCUUUGGAAACAUCCAUACCGACAACUGCUAAGAAUCCUUAUUCCGAGCCCGACGCGCCCGGAAAACCCGAGUUGAAAGAUUGGUCGAAGAAUCACGUAGAUCUAAAAUGGAAGGCUCCGAAGAAAGACGGCGGUGCUCCUAUCGAGAAGUAUAUUAUCGAGAAGAAGGAUCAAUAUGGAAAAUGGCAAAAGGCUGAGGAAGUGCCGGGCAGCAAAACUGAAGCCAAAGUGCCGGAUCUCGUAGAGGGUCAAAAAUAUCAAUUCCGAGUUAAAGCCGUGAACAAAGGCGGUCAGAGCAAACCCAGCGAACCCAGUGACACCUUGAUUGCUAAGGAUCGUUACGCCGCGCCGAAGAUUGAUCGCACCAAUCUGAAAGACAUCACGAUCAAGGCCGGCAAUGUCAUUCGCCUUGACGUCAAAGUCACGGGUGAACCGCCGCCAAGCAAGACCUGGUUCUUGAACAAAGCCAAACAAGAGUCUGGCAACGUGCUGACCAUCGAGGUGGAAGAUUACAAGACCAAAUUCGUAGUUUCCUCGGCAACCAGAGCGCACUGUGGCACUCUAACUUUAAAGGCGGAGAACAGUUCCGGUCGAGAUGAGGCAUCGAUUGAGAUUUUGGUGCUGGACAAGCCCAGUAAGCCCGAGGGACCACUUAAGGUAUCCGAUGUGCACAAAGAAGGCUGCACCCUCAAAUGGAACCCACCACUCGACGACGGUGGCGCGCCUUUGGAUCACUACGUGGUCGAAAAGAUGGAUACGGAGACUGGUAGAUGGAUACCGGUCGGACGCACCAAGGAACCCAACAUGGUUGUAGAGAACCUGGUACCCGGACAAGAGUACAAGUUCCGUGUCGCCGCUGUGAAUGCGGAGGGCGAGUCUGAACCGUUGGAGACUGAGCACGGAAUUGUCGCCAAGAAUCCAUUCGAUGAACCUGGUCCACCAGGCCGUCCGGAGGCGACUGAUUGGGAUAAGGAUCACGUAGAUCUUCGAUGGACUCCACCGUUAACAGACGGCGGAUCUCCAAUCACUGGAUAUGUGAUCGAGAAACGUGAGAAGGGCGCGCCUAAAUGGAUUAAGGCGUGCGAGACGGGACCGGAUUGCAAGGGUCGCGUUGAUAAUCUUGACGAAGGUGUUGAAUACGAAUUCAGAGUUAAAGCCAUCAAUGCUGCUGGACUCGGCGAACCGUCCGAUGCUAGCAAACCGAUCACAGCCAAGAGUCGAAGACUACCGCCAAAGAUCGACAGACGAAAUCUGCGCGACAUAACUGUACGCGAGAACGAAGCGUUCCACUUCGAUGUCAAGAUUAUUGGCGAACCGCCGCCAGAUGUCACGUGGGUGAUCAACAAUAAGAGUAUUCAGCAGACUACACACCGCAGGAUACAGAAUGUUCCUUACAAUAGCAAAUUCUUCAACGACAAGCCCGAACGCAAAGAUACCGGCACUUAUAAAAUCACAGCGGUCAAUCAGUUCGGAUCUGACACCGCCGAAGUCGAAGUCACCGUUGUCUCUAAGCCUGGCAAGCCAGAAGGACCAUUGGAAGUAUCCGACGUGCACAAGGAAGGAUGUACACUCAAAUGGAAGAAACCCAAGGACGACGGCGGAGAACCAAUAGAGGGGUACCUCGUGGAGAAGUUUGAUCCGGAAACCGGUGUCUGGCUACCAGUUGGUAAAACUACUGGACCUGAAAUGAAAGUCGAAGGACUUACACCCGGACAUGAGUACAAGUUCCGAGUCAAGGCGCUCAACAAGGAGGGAGAAUCCGAGCCGUUGGAGACAUUCAGCUCCAUUGUAGCCAAAGAUCCGUUCACUGUACCAACUGCACCUGGAGCACCAGAGCCAGUCGAUUGGACAGCCAACCAGGUCGAACUCACCUGGAAAGAACCUGUUAGCGAUGGUGGAUCACCUAUCACAGGCUAUAUCGUCGAAAAGAAAGAUAAAUACAGCACUAUGUGGGAGAAGGCUUUGGAAACCGAAACGCCGACUACCAAAGCUUUGGUACACGGUCUGAUAGAAGGCAAUGAUUAUCAAUUCCGCGUGAUUGCUGUGAACAAGGCCGGUCAAUCUGAGCCUGGCGAAGCUAGCAAAACAUUCACAGCUAAGCCACGCUUCUUGGCCCCGAAGAUCGAUAGGCGCAAUUUGAGGGACGUUACCCUGUCGGCGGGCUCGAUGCUGAAAUUCGAUGCCAACGUAAUCGGCGAGCCACCACCACAUAUUGAGUGGCGCUACGGCGCGAUACCGCUGCAUUCCGAUCGCAAAGUGCAGAUCGACAACAGCGACUACAAUACCAAGUUUAGCAUACGCCCGGUGUCGCGAGACGACAGUGGCGAUUACACCGUCACCGCGAGCAAUUCAUCCGGCAAAGACUCGGUGACGGUACAAGUAACGGUGACAGAUAAGCCAAUGCCGCCCGAGGGACCGCUUCAAGUGUCGGAUGUGCACAAGGAGGGAUGCAAGUUGAAGUGGAAGAGACCGAAAGACGACGGAGGCACUCCCAUUGAAUACUAUCAAGUGGACAAGAUGGACCCGGAGACCGGAUGCUGGGUACCUUGCGGACGUUCCACCGAGCCGAAUCUCGAAGUGACAGGCUUAACACCUGGCAAGGAGUAUCUCUUCCGAGUAGCCGCGGUCAAUGCCGAGGGCGAGUCGAAGCCUUUGGAAGCGGAGCAAGCGAUACUAGCCAAGAAUCCAUUUGACGAGCCAGGCAAACCGGGUGAUCUCCGAGCCACCGACUGGGACAAAGAUCAUGUCGAUCUGAAAUGGACUGCGCCGGAGAACGAUGGCGGUUCACCGAUUACCGGUUACGUAAUUGAGAAGAAGGACAAGUACGGCGAAUGGGAAAAGGCGCUGGAAGUACCCGCGGACGAGACUUCCGCCACCGUACCCGAUCUGAUCGAAGGUCAGCCAUAUGAGUUCCGCGUGCGAGCCGUGAACAAAGCUGGUCCAGGCGAGCCAUCGGACGCUACGCCUACCAUUAUCGCGAAGCCGCGCAAUCAAGCGCCUAGGAUAGAUCGCACGAAUCUGAUCGAGGUGAGGAUCAAGGCCGGCCAGAACUUCAACUUCGACUGCAAGGUGACGGGUGAGCCACCGCCGACCACCAAAUGGAUGCUCAACGGUAAGGAGGUCCGGUCGACCGAUCGCGUCAAGGUCAAGCACGUGGACUACAACACCAGCCUGAGCGUUCGUAUGGCUACGCGCGCGGAAUCCGGCAAGUACACCGUCAUCGCGGAGAACAUCAAUGGCCGGGAUGAGGCGUUUGUUAAGGUCACCGUGCUGGACAAGCCCAGCCCGCCACAGGGUCCACUUCGAACAUCCGACGUGCAUGCCGAGGGAUGCAAGCUCUCGUGGAAGCCGCCGGAAGACGACGGUGGACAACCCGUAGAGAAAUACGUUGUGGAGAAGAUGGAUGAGGCUACGGGUCGCUGGGUACCGGCCGGAGAGACCGACGGACCAGAAACGAACUUGCAAGUGGAAGGUUUGACGCCUGGACACAAGUACAAGUUCAGAGUGAGAGCUGUCAACAAGCAGGGCAAGUCCGAGCCGCUUGUCGCCAUGCAGAGCAUUGAGGCGAAGAAUCCCUUCGACGAGCCAGGAAAACCAGGUACGCCCGAGGUGGUUGAUUACGAUAGAGACUUUGUCGAACUUCAAUGGAAACGUCCUGAUGAGGAUGGUGGAUCACCGAUUACCGGCUACGUCAUAGAGAAGCGCGACAAGUACAGCCCGACUUGGGAGAAGUGUGCAGAAGUCGAGGGUGACACAAACCGCGGCAGAGUGAAUGAUCUAGUUGAGGGAACUCAAUACGAAUUCCGCGUGAGGGCUGUUAACAAGGCCGGUCCUGGUGAAGCGUCGGAAGCAUCGAAGUCGCAUCUGGCGCGACCCAAGAACCUUCCGCCAAAGAUCGACAGGAAGUACAUGCUGGAUGUGAAGGUGCGCGCCGGCGGUUUCUUCGACUUCGACGUGCCGGUGAUCGGCGAGCCGCCACCGAGCAAAGAAUGGUCGCUAAAAGACGCUGCGGUGAUGGCGAGCGACCGCAUCAAAAUCGUCAACGAGGACUACAAUACGAAAGUGCGCGUGAUGGAGGCGAAACGUUUCGAUUCCGGUGUAUACACCCUGGAGGCUAAGAACGUGAACGGCAAGGACUCUGCCACGCUGACGGUGAACGUGCUGGAUGUACCUGCGCCGCCGGAAGGUCCGCUGAAGGUCGACAACGUCACCAGAAGUGGCUGCACUCUGAAGUGGCGGCCGCCGAAAGACGACGGCGGUUCCGAAAUCCAGUAUUAUCAAGUCGAAAAAAUGGAUACGGAGAAUAUGCGCUGGGUGCCCGUGGCCGAGGCUAACACCACCUCGGCGCGGGUGGAUCAUCUGAUCGAGGGUCACGACUACCAGUUCCGCGUGCGCGCCGUCAACAAGCAGGGCGAGUCGCAGCCUUUGACGGGAAUGGACACCAUCACCGCCAAAGAUCCGUUCGCCAAGCCGGAUAAACCGGGAGCACCGGUCGCCACCGACUGGGACAAGGAUCACGUGGACCUCGAAUGGACGCCGCCCAAGAAAGACGGUGGAUCGCCUAUAACUGGCUACAUUAUCGAGAAACGACCUCGUUAUGGACAGUGGGAGAAGGCGGCUGAAAUACCCGGUGACAAGACCAGCGGCAGAGUGCCAGAUCUGACCGAGGGUCAAGAAUACGAAUUCAGGGUCAUUGCCGUCAACAAGGGCGGACCUGGCGAGCCGUCCGAUGCAUCGGCGCCGAUCGUCGCUAAGCCACGCUUCAUUGCGCCAUCGUUUGAUACGCAUUUGCUGAACGACUUGGUGGUGCGCGCUGGUCAGAAGAUCAGCUACAACAUUCCCAUCGUGGCAUCACCUAAACCGAAGACAACGUGGAAUCGCGAUGGAGUGAACAUCGUGGCCGAUGCGCGUCACGAGAUGUACACCACAAACACCGAAACAUCCUUCGAGAUUCCGUUCUCCGUUCGUGAUGACACUGGACGCUAUACUUUGACAUUAGAGAACGAGCAUGGUAGCUUCAGCGCCAGCGCAAGAGUCACAGUCCUCGACAGACCAGCGCCACCGGAGAAACCGCUGGAGGUCAGCAACGUUACCAAAGAGGGUUGCCAUCUGACUUGGGGACAUCCUCUCGACGACGGCGGCAGUCCCAUUCUACAUUACGUCAUCGAGAAGAUGGAUCUGUCACGUGGUACUUGGUCCGAUGCCGGCAUGAGCAUGGUGCUGAGCCACGAGGUCAGCCGUUUGACUCAUCGCAAGGAAUACCUGUUCCGCGUCAAGGCUGUAAACAACAUUGGAGAAUCAGACCCACUCGAGACUACAAAGAGCAUAAUCGCGAAGAACGAAUUCGAUGAACCAGACGCGCCUGGCAAACCUCAGAUUACGGAUUGGGACAAGGAUCACGUGGAUCUGCAAUGGCCAGCACCGAAGAAUGACGGCGGAUCGCCGAUCAAAGGCUACAUUGUUCAGAAGAAAGAAAAGGGCAGUCCUUACUGGGUGAAUGCGGUGCAUGUGCCGGCGGAUCAAACCAACACAACCGUUCCAGAUCUGACCGAAGGCCAGGAGUAUGAGUUCCGAGUGAUUGCUGUGAACGCUGCCGGUCAAUCCGAGCCGUCUGAACCUAGCGAUCUCGUCACAGCUAAACCUCGUUACCUGGCUCCGAAGAUCAAGACGCCUUUGCAAGACGUUCGUAUCAAGGCUGGACUAAUCUUCCACGUGGACAUCGAUUUCAUCGGCGAACCGACGCCGGAAGUUACCUGGAGCGUAGGAACCAACGAGUUGACUUCCAACGACAGGACGACGAUUACAUCAAUCGGCUAUCACACGAUUGUACACAUCGUUAAUGCUAAGAGAUCUGAUUCGGGACUGUAUCAUCUAUUGCUGAAGAACAGUAGCGGCAUAGAUGAGGGCAGUUUCCAAAUGACUGUUCUAGACAAACCCGGACCACCAGAGGGUCCUUUGCAGUACGAAGAAAUCACGAGCCAAUCCGUCACACUCUCGUGGAAGCCACCCAAGGAUAAUGGCGGCAGCGAGCUUACUGGAUACGUUAUCGAGAAACGCGAUCUUACACACGGUGGCGGCUGGGUGCCAGCAGUUACACAUGUUAAUCCGAAGUAUAAUCAUGCGACUGUGCCAAGAUUGCUCGAAGGAACCACGUAUGAAUUCCGUGUUUCUGCGGAAAACCUACAGGGUCGCUCCGAGCCAUUGACGACAGAUCGAUCAGUUGUUGCGAAGAAUCAAUUCGUGGUCCCUGGUCAACCUGGCAAGCCAGAAUGCGUGGACGCUGAUAAGGACCACAUCAAGAUCAAAUGGACGCCGCCCAUCAGCAACGGCGGUUCCAAGAUCAUCGGCUACGACGUGGAACGUCGCGAUCGCGCUACCGGUCGCUGGAUAAAACAAAACAAGGAACCCGUCAAAUACCCCGAGUACUACGACGAUCAUGUAACCGAGGGUCAUCAGUACGAGUAUCGCGUAUCGGCCAUAAAUGCCGCCGGUGCCGGAAAACCAAGCGAGACCUCGUCCGCGUUCACGGCUAAGCCUAUGCGGGAGAAGCCAAAACUCAAUUUGGAUGCUCUGAUCGGCCGCAAGAUCAAAGUUCGAGCCGGGGAACCGAUCAAUGUCAAUAUACCAUUGUCCGGCGCGCCCACGCCGAAGAUCGAAUGGACCAAGGACGGAAAAUCGCUCUUGGAAACUCUUCGUAUAUCGACCGAGACCAAGAGCGACCGAACGCAACUGCUGAUCGAGAAAUCCGUGCGGGAUGACAGCGGCAUGUACACCAUAACUGCGUCAAAUGAACAUGGCAAAGAUUCGGCCGACAUCGAAGUAAUAGUCGUGGAUAAACCCGGACCACCCCAGGGUCCUCUGCAGUACACCGGCACGACACAAGAAUCCGUCGGACUAUCCUGGAACCCACCAGUGGACGACGGUGGAUCCGACAUUACGAAUUACAUAGUUGAAGUGUCGGAUUACGGGUCUGACAAUUGGCGACAAGUACCUGGCUACGUGCCCAGAACGAGCUUCACGGCGAAGGGCCUGAUUGAAGGCAAAAAGUACGUUUUCAGAGUUCGCGCUGAGAAUAUGUACGGAGUCUCGGAGCCCUUGGAGGGCAAACCUGUAGUCGCCAAGAGUCCUUAUGAUCCGCCAGACGCGCCGAGUCAGCCUGAAAUACUUGGCUAUACUCCUAACAGCUGCAGUCUCACCUGGAAUCCGCCUCUCAACACCGGCGGAAAGCCUAUCACUGGUUAUUACGUAGAGAGGCGUGAGCGUGGCGGCGAAUGGUUGAAGGUCAACAACUACCCGACUCCGAACACGACAUUUACCGUGCAGGAUCUUCACGAAGGUUCGCGAUACGAAUUUAGAGUGAUCGCUGUGAACGAGGCUGGACCAGGCAAACCUAGCAAGCCCACUGAGCCCAUCACAGCCGGGCACCAACGCCUACGUCCUGAUGCACCUGAGCCGCCUAAACCAGAUAGAAUCACCAAGGACUCGGUGACUCUAAGCUGGCGUCCGCCACGAAGCGACGGUGGUGCGAAGAUCAGAGGCUACAUCAUCCAGAAGAAGGCUAAAAAUGAUGACGACUGGUCGGACGUGAACGGUGCUCCCAUACCGAACAACGUGUAUACCGUGCCAAAAUUGAAGGAGGGCGAAGAAUACCUCUUCAGAGUGAUUGCAGUGAAUGACGUCGGUAACAGCGAUCCGAGUCGACCCAGCAACCCCAUCGUCAUCGAAGAACAGCCCAACAAACCGGUCAUGGAUCUCGGCGGAGUUCGCGACAUUACUGUUCGCGCCGGCGAGGACUUCUCCAUUCAUGUGCCUUACAUUGGCUUCCCCAAACCAACCGCCACGUGGUUCGCCAACGAUGUUGUUAAGGACGAAACUGAUUCGCGCGUCCAUCAGCAGCUGGCCGAUGAUUUCGCCAGCUUGGUGGUGAAGAAUGCGAAACGUACGGACGGAGGACAAUACAGACUUCAACUGCGCAACUCGUCCGGCUUUGAUACGGCGACCGUCAACGUUAAGGUUCUCGAUCGUCCUGCACCACCUGAGAAUCUCCGUGCGGAUGAGUUCGGCGGUGAUGCUCUCACACUCUUCUGGACCCCGCCUAAAGACAACGGCGGUGCUGAUAUCACAAAUUAUGUGAUUGAGAAGAAGGAACCGAAGUCCGCCACGUGGUCCAAGGUAAGCAGCUAUGUCACGACGCCAUUUGUGCGAGUCAGGAAUUUGACAGUCGGUCAAGUCUAUGAAUUCCGAGUGAUGGCCGAGAAUCAGUACGGCACAUCGGAUCCGGUAACGACGAUUGAUCCGAUCAAAGCGAGGCAUCCGUUCGAUCCACCGGGUGCUCCUGGCGCACCGCGUGGCGUGGAGACCACCGAAGAUAGCAUUACCAUCACGUGGAGCAAGCCGCGUCACGACGGUGGUUCGCCGAUCAUUGGAUACGUCGUCGAGAAGCGUCUCUUGAGCGAGGACAAAUGGGUUAAAGCCACCCCCGCUCUGGUGCACGACACUACUUACAAGGUCACUGGACUGAUCGAGAAUCAUGAUUACGAAUUCCGCGUAGCUGCGGAAAAUGCCGCCGGUCGUGGACCGUGGAGUUCCAACUCCGACGUCAUUCGUGCCAGUGCUCCACCAUUCCCGCCAAAGAUUACGAGCGAUCUCAGCAUCCGCGAUAUGACUGUAAUUGCUGGAGAACCCUUCACCAUCACGGUGCCUUAUUCAGCCAAUCCCAAGCCGAGACCGAACUGGUCCAUCAACGGCGAGGAAGUGCUCACGAGCGAAAGAAUCAAAUUCGAGACGACCGAUGUAGCUUCUCAAUUUAUAAACAAGAAAGCAACAAGGUCAGACACCGGAACGUACACGAUAUAUCUCACGAACACCGUUGGCACGGAUUCCGCUUCGUGCAAAGUUCUCGUUGUCGAUAAACCGUCACCGCCUUUGGCGCCUCUGGAUAUCUCAGAUAUCACUCCAGAAACCUGCACAUUAUCGUGGAAACCACCCUUCGACGAUGGCGGUUCGCCGAUCACAAACUACAUUGUCGAGAAAUUGGAUCCAGCUGGUUUCUGGGUGAAACUCAGCAGCUUUGUGAGAAACACGCAUUAUGACGUGAUUGGUUUGGAGCCGAAUCGCACGUACAACUUCCGUGUGAGAGCAGAGAAUCAAUACGGCGUGUCUGAUCCUCUACAGGCUGAUGAGCCGAUAACGGCCAAGUUUCCCUUCACGGUGCCAGAUCCACCUGGACAGCCGCGUAUCAUCGACUGGGACACCUCCAACGCCACGGUGGUCUGGACGAAACCAUUGUCUGAUGGCGGAUCUCGCAUUCAGGGUUACAAGAUCGAGUUCCGUGAUCCUGCUGAAGAUGUGCAAUGGCGCGUGGCGAACGACUAUCUCUUUAAGGACACAACUUACGUGUGCUACGGUCUACAAAGCGGCCACGAGUAUGAGUUCAGAAUCCGCGCAAAGAAUGCGGCUGGCUUCAGCAAACCGAGCCCGCCAUCCGCACCGUUCAGACUGAAGAGCAAGUUCAACGUGCCAUCGCCGCCUGGCACACCGCAAGUUACUAAAGUCGGCAAAAACUACGUCGAUCUACGCUGGGAACCACCCGUGUCCGACGGCGGCAGUAGAAUUACUGGUUACGUGAUCGAGAAACGCGAAGUCGGCAGCGCAAUGUGGUCCAAGUGCAACGAGUACAACGUCGUCGACACCGAAUACACGGUUAUGCACUUGAUCGAACGCGGCGAUUACGAGUUCAGGAUCUUCGCGGUGAACGCGGCCGGCAGAUCCCAGCCGAGCUCGUGCACCACACCGGUAAAGAUUUGCGAGGUCGAGGGCGGCGAGAAACCGGAAUUCAUCAGAAAUCUGCCCAUCAGUCAAAUUAUACCGCUCGGAAAAACGCUUGUUCUCGAAUGCGAGGCCACGGGUAAACCUCUACCGACAGCCAGGUGGUUGAAGAAUGGUCGCGAAAUUACGCUAGGCGGCCGCUUCCGCGCCGAAGCGAUCAACGGCAUUUAUAGGCUGGUAAUCUCUGAAGUAUGGGACGCGGACGACGGUGACUACAGCUGCCAGAUUUCCAAUCCGCUCGGCAUUGCCACGACUACGUGCAGAUUGAAGAUCGGUACACCGCCGCGUAUCGAACGCAUGCCGGGUGAUCUCUAUCUACCGGAAGGCGACAACACGAAGAUCAAGAUCUACUACAGCGGCGAUCAGCCAAUGGAGGUGACGCUGAAAAAAGACGGACAGAAAAUUGUGGAAACCACGCACAUCAAGUAUACCGUCUUCGACGAGUAUCUCAUCAUCUUUAUCAAGGAUAUCCAAAAGGACGACGGCGGCACUUACGAUCUGUCCAUCUCGAACGACAGCGGCAGCGUCAGCGCUUCCUUCACCGUGUACAUCACCGGACUGCCUGGACCGCCGACUGGACCGCUCGACGCCUCAGACAUCGACAAACAUACCUGCACCCUGUCCUGGCAUCCACCCAAGUACGACGGCGGUCUUCGGGUGACCCAUUACGUGGUGGAACGUCGCGACGUCAGCCAUACGCACUGGAUCAUCGUGUCUUCCUUCUGCAGAGACACUACCUUCGUCGUGCAGGGUCUGACUGAGGGCCAGGAGUACCUCUUCCGGGUGAUGGCGGCCAACGACAACGGUAUGGGUCCGCCGCUCGAGGGUGCCAAUCCGAUCAGGGCGAAGGCGCCGUUUGAUCCGCCAGGACCGCCGGGCACGCCCAAAGUCACCGAGGUUGGCGGCGACUUUGUUAAUCUCUCGUGGGAGAAACCGGAAACAGACGGCGGCGCCAAGAUCCAGGGUUACUGGAUCGACAAACGUGAGGUCGGCAGUCAGGCCUGGCAGCGCGUAAACGCUAGUAUCUGCCUGCCGACGCAGAUCAACAUCAGCAAUCUGAUCGAGGGCAGGCAGUACGAGUUCCGAGUGUUCGCGCAGAACUCAGCUGGGCUCAGUCCGGAAUCGAAGGCCUCGACUUCCGUGAAGAUCGUUGAUCCGCAGGCGGCGAAGCCUCCGGAGAUCAUUCAACCUCUCAACAAGGUGAAUUGCGUCCAGAAUCACAACGCACACUUCCAGUGCAAGAUCAUCGGCACGCCGAGACCGACCAUCACGUGGUUCAAAGGCGCCCGCGAGAUCGUGAGCGGCAGUCGCUACAACAUUUAUUCCGAGGGCGACACUCACAAUCUUAUCAUCCACGACGUGUUCGGCGAAGACGCUGACGAGUACUUCUGCCGCGCGGUGAACAAGUGCGGCGUGAAGUCGACGAAGAGCGAGCUCUUCAUCAAGACGCCACCGAAACUGAACGUGCCGCCGCGAUUCCGUGACACCGCCUUCUUCGACAAGGGCGUGAACGUCGUCAUCAAAAUUCCGUUCACCGGUUACCCGAAGCCGAAAAUCACGUGGGUGCGCGAGGGCGAGGUGAUUGAAUCCGGCGGUCAUUACGCCGUCGAGGUGAAGGAGCGCCACGCCAUACUGACAAUCCGCGAUGGUAGUCGUAUCGACUCCGGCCCGUAUCGCAUCACCGCCGAGAACGAUCUCGGCCAGGAUACGGCCAUCAUCAAGAUUCAAAUCAGCGAUCGGCCGGACCCGCCCAGAUUCCCGCAGGUAGAUAACGUCGGCCACGACUCGCUCGCGGUCAGCUGGAAACCACCGGUGUGGGACGGCGGCAGCAACAUCACCAACUACGUAGUGGAGAAGCGCGAGCAUCCGAUGAGCAGCUGGAUCCGCGCCGGCCACACUCGGUUCUGCACGCUCGCGGUGACCGGUCUGAGCCCCGGCAAGCAGUACGACUUCCGGGUGUGCGCGGAGAACAUCUACGGCCGAUCCGAUCCGAGCGAGGUGACGCCGCUGAUAACCACGAAGGGCGUGAUCAAGCGCGAGUUCAAGAAGAAGGAAUACGAGGUGGACGCGAGCGGCAAGAAGAUCCGCGGACGCGAGGACGAAAAGCCGCGCGAUUACGACCAGUUUGUGUUCGACGUGUACAGCAAGUACGUGCCGCAACCGGUCGAGAUCAAGCACACUUCGGUUUACGACAAGUACGACAUUCUCGAGGAGAUCGGCACCGGCGCGUUCGGUGUGGUGCACCGUUGCCGAGAGAGAACCACCGGCAACAUCUUCGCCGCCAAGUUCAUCCCGGUGUCACACGUGAUGGAGAAGGAACUGAUCAGGAAGGAGAUCGACAUCAUGAAUCAGCUGCACCAUCCCAAGCUGAUCAAUCUGCACGAUGCCUUUGAGGACGACGACGAGAUGGUGCUGAUAUUCGAGUUCCUGUCCGGCGGCGAGCUCUUCGAGAGGAUCACAGCCGAGGGUUACACCAUGUCCGAAGCGGAAGUCAUCAAUUAUAUGAGGCAGAUUUGCGAGGGCGUCAAGCACAUGCACGAAAAGAACAUCAUUCAUCUCGACAUCAAACCUGAGAACAUCAUGUGCCAAACUCGCAACAGCACCAACGUAAAACUGAUCGACUUCGGUCUAGCCACUAAACUCGAUCCGAAUGAAGUAGUAAAGAUCAGCACAGGCACGGCCGAGUUUGCCGCUCCGGAAAUCGUCGAGCGCGAACCAGUCGGUUUUUACACCGACAUGUGGGCCUGCGGUGUGCUGGCUUAUGUUCUACUGAGCGGUCUUUCGCCAUUUGCCGGUGAUAACGAUAUCGAGACCCUGAAAAACGUGAAGGCGUGUGACUGGGACUUCGACGAGGAGGCAUUCCGCGAUGUUUCCGAAGAAGGCAAAGAUUUUAUCAGAAGAUUACUCGUCAAAAACAAAGAAAAGCGUAUGACCGCACACGAGUGUCUCCUUCAUCCAUGGUUAACCGGCGACCAUAGCAAGUGGACCAACCCGAUCGCUAGCAGCCGUUACCUCAGCAUCAGAGACAGACUGCGUGCCAAGUAUGAAAAUUGGGACAAAUACGUCCUUCCCAUCGGCCGCCUAGCUGAAUACUCGUCGCUUAGAAAGCUCCUAAUCGAGAAAUACAGAAUUUACGACUCCUGCUUCGAUCGUCGACAAGCGGCACCCAGAUUCGUAAUCAAACCGCAAAGCGCGUUCGCUUACGAGGGGCAAAGCGUGAAGUUCACUUGUCGCGUAAUCGCGAUCGCGGCACCGACCCUGACUUGGUCGCACAACAACCAGGAGCUACGACAAUCCGUGAAAUUCAUGAAACGAUACCACGGCGACGAUUACACCUUCAUCAUCAACAGGGUGAAAUUGGAAGACAGAGGAGAAUAUAUCAUACGUGCGGAGAAUCAUUAUGGCUAUCGCGAGGAAGUUGUCUUCCUUAAUGUACAACCACUGCCAAGAGAAAUUCCGAAGUACAGGCCUGAACUGCAUCCGGUACGCAGACGAGAACCUCUUGGCUACAACGUCUGGCUAGAAAUGAUCGAGUCGGCGCCGAGCUUCACCUUCCUACUGCGACCACGUGUCAUUCAAAUCAGGCAAACUUGCAAAUUGCUCUGUUGUCUGAGCGGCAAUCCACCGCCCACUGUGAAAUGGUACAAGGAUAGGGAGGAAUUAUCCAAAUAUAAUUAUCCCAUGAGCAACGCUGACGGCGUCGUCUCGAUGGAGAUAAUUGACUGUAAACCGGAAGACAGCGGCAAAUAUCGUUGUGUAGCUACCAACAAGCACGGCAAGGACGAGACUAGUUGCGUGGUUAUCGUAGAAGGCACUGGAGAAACGGAGGAGCAAGUAAAAUUAGCGCACGAUUUCCUACAUUCCGGAGAUCGAAGGUAUAUCGAGCAACCGCUGAAACCGGCACCACCGCCGAUCGUGACAGUCCACAAGUCUAGCGGUUAUAGCGGCUAUAGUUCCACCACUACUCAAGGUCAAACAACCUUAUCGCACAAUUCCACAACUUCCUCCUCGUAUAAGGACAGCUCCAGCGUUAAAAUUAACGAAUCGUCCGACAAACGAAGCCUGAAAAAAUAUGGCUCGAAACUCGACACCACCGGCAGUCCAUCUCGAUCCAGGAGCUCCACAAAAGAACUCAUCUUACCUUCGGACGAUUCGAUGAGACCGCCACAGUUCGUCCAGAAAUUGAAAAAUCUCACGAUUAACGACGGUGAACAACUAGAACUCACGGUCAAAGUCGACGGCGAUCCGGAACCGCAAAUUGCUUGGAAUAAAGGCGGCAAGUUACUGAGCUCGUCGGAGAUCGUCGAUCUCAAAUAUAAGAACAGAGUAGCCACUCUCACGAUUAACGAAGUAUUCCCCGAGGACGAAGGCGAAUAUACGUGUGUUGCGACCAACAGUAUCGGUAGUGAUACGACAUCCUGCAAACUGACUGUAAAACCCGCGCAGACCGCUGCCGGAAAGAAACAGAGUGACGACAAAUCGCCGAAGAUCGUAGACCACUUGACGAGCAUGUACGUGAAGGAUGGCGAGUCCGUAACGCUCAGCUGCCGAAUAAUCGGCGCCAAGAAAUUCGACGUGGUGUGGCUGCACAACAACAAGGAAAUCAAGCCCAGCAAGGACUUCCAGUACACAAACGAGGCUAAUAUUUAUAAGCUAGUCAUCGCCGAGAUAUUUCCCGAGGAUUCCGGCACUUAUACGUGCGAAGCUUUCAACGACGCAGGAGAGAGCUACUCGUCAUGCACAUUAAACGUACUCGCUCCGAAUGAAGAACCGAAAAGCCCAGCGUUCGCGACAUUCCCGCAAUCUGCCACAGUGAGCGAAGGCGAAGCAGUGACAUUCACAUGCAAGACUGACACCGCGCCUUUGAAAGUGACCUGGCUGAAGGACGGCAAGGCGAUCCCCGAAACGAGCAGCAGAUAUCACUUCAGUUCGGACGGCAACACGUCCUUCGAGUUCGGCAUCAAAACGUGCACGGCCACUGACGUCGGUCAAUACGUGGCGCGUGCGAUCGGCCAGAAGGGCGAGACAAACUCGGCGUUCGCCCUUAAUGUCGUCAACCCGGGCGAGCUGUGAAAUUGAGUUCAAUUGAGGCUUAUACAUCAAAUUAUCAUCACAGUCGACGAUCGAAUCGGAGUGUCUAUUCUGAUGUAUUCUUCGCGGAGAACGUUUCUAGAUCGAUUCGCGAGUAUAAGAGCGCACACGAAUAUUACGAGUAACGUUCUUCAAAAAGAAUAUAUCUCCUCCGUUUUUUCGAAACGCCAUUCGAUUCAUAGGCGUCGUGCCAUCUCCGUUCGGUCGUCUUUACGCUUUCCACUGGCCUUUCAGCUUCUGCGAUACUUAACGAGAAUGUGCACGAUGCAAACGAAGAGUCGAGAGCGAUCGUUUUUAGAGUAUACAAUGUCCCUGUACAAAAAAAAAGAAAGGGAGGACCGUAAGACUAAUAUUACUCUGUCGCGUAUUCUGUAUGUAAAUUAUUCUGGAACGCUGUAUUUUCUUCUUGUGUGUUUGUCAUGGUGUCGCAUGAAUCGCGCGAAUCCUCGAGACGCGGCUUACUUUUACAAUGAGAAUCCGAAUUCGCGUCUCCGCACAGGCAUUACGGAUAGCACGCGCAACUUAUUACGCUAAAAUAUUCGGCUUUGCUGUAUUACACGACUCGGCAUACACUCGAAUACACAGAUACUUGACGGUACAUCGCGGUAGCACUCGAAAAAAAAAGGAAGACAGAUAUUUGUGGGAUAUAUUAACGCCCGCACGCAUGGUUUUUCCGAUGAGACUGCCAGCAUCCUCGAACAUCCGAACAUACUUUUUUAACAUCUCAAAACCUCAUCGGGGAAAUCACUCGUGCGUGUUAAAGGAAUGAAUAUGCGAUAUUGACGCGAUGUGCCUUCUUAUUCCACGUUAACGGUACGCACUGUCGUGUUAUACUUGUUUGAAGACUGCUUCCGUCAGAAAAUUUACGAUAAAAUAAAACUUAUGUUUUAAAAAAAAA